AUGAAGUGUCGUCCCUUCUACCUCCCGAGAGAAUUCACCUCCGUUAUCCUGACCUACAGGCAGCAAUUGAAGAUCGCACCCCCAGAGGCCCUGGAGAAACUACGGCCUUACCUCUGUGACAAGGUGCUUGCCGAGCGGCACUUUGACUUGCUGCGUGCCAAGAAGAUCCUGUCCAAGGAGGACACGGAGGAGAUCUCUCACGUGGUGGGGACUAGACGCAAGGCCGGGAAGCUCCUGGACCACCUGAUGGAGAACCCCAAGGGCCUGGACACGCUGGUCGCCUCCAUCCGGCGGGAAGGCACGCAGAACUUCCUGGUGCAGAAAAUCACCGAUGAGGUGCAGAGAAUUAAAAAUGACAAGCUCUUCCAGAAAGGCGUGUUCUCGGACAGCGGGGAUUUGUCGGACGAAGCCUCCAAAACCAACAACUUGUCGCAAUUCUCCUCGACAGAGUCCAACACCUCCAAGGGCAAGGGGGCCAACAUCCUCUUUCACCCAGAGGGCGAGUUUAGCCCCCUCCCCUCUGCCUGUCCCAGCUACUGCCCCCUCCCCUCUGCCCCCUCUCCCAGCCACUGCUCCCUCCCCUCUGCCUGUCCCAGCUACUGCCCCCUCCCCUCCAGCCUCUCACUGGUCAAGCUCACUGUGGCCACUCUGCCCACCACCACGUCACUGCCCAGGCCGGGCGACCCUGGUGCUCCACCCCUCCCCCCUGACCUCCAGCCCCCCCCCACCGGACCCCCCCACACCACGACCGACUCCGAAUUCCUGCCCCUCCGAUCGCGCUCCCCUUGACCCCUCCCCUCUGACCUCUCCCCCAACGACCCUGGGGUCGUGUGAGUGGGGAGGGGCUGAAACGUCCCGGAAUCACUGGUCCCGCACUGACCCCUAAACCUCUCCCCUCCCCCCCCCACUCACCGGGGUACCGUUACCCAGGGGCCAUUACCCAGGGGCCACACAGGUUCAACGUCCACCACACCAAGUUAAGACACCGGGAAAUACACGGGCUAGAUCAUGGAGCAACACAGGUGUACACAUGAAUACAUACACGCACAUACACGUGAAUAUGCUCAUGCACACUGACACACAUGUGCACACAUAUAUGAACACAGACACAUGCUGACACACGCACACGCAUACAUGAACACACGCGCACAUACAUUCGCUGACAUGCGCGCAUACGCAUUAACGCAUGCGCACACACACGCACAGACAAGCGUGUGAACACUCACUCUUGCACACAGACACACACUCGAUCACACUCACUCACAGACACUCUCACACACACACACACACACAUAUUCGGUGCUGGAGGAACUCGGUGGGUCAGGCAGCAUCCGUGGAGGGAAUGGCUGGGCGGCGUUUUGAGUCGGGACCCUUCCUCAGUCUUGCCCGCCUGUGAGGGUCAUUCCCCACACAGUGGGAGAGGGCAGUGACAUCCACAUGUCCGAAGCUCAGCUCUACCCUGGACAAGCCAGCUCUCCCGACCAUUACCCUCCCCGAAACACCCCCUCCCCCAACACUGUGGUGCAGCGGGUAGAGCUGCUGCCUCACAGCGCUGGAGACCCGGGUUCCAUCCUGACUACGGGUGCUGUCUGUACAGAGUUUGCACGUUCUCCCCGUGACCGAGUGGGUUUCCUCCCACACUCCAAAGACGUGCGGGAUUGUAGGCUAAUCGGCCGGCUGUAAAUUGUCCCCAGUGUGUAGGGAGUGGAUGAGAAAGUGGGUUUGUGCAAAAAUGGAGUCACAGAGACAUACAGCGUGGAAACAGGAAACAGCGUGUACCUCAGUACACUUCACAAUAAACUAAACUAAACUCAGAUGUCCCGUCUACACUAGUCCCUCCUGCCUGCGUUUGACCCAUAUCCCUCCAAACUUGUCCUAUCCAUGUACCUUUUUAAAUGUUGUAUUUUUUUCAAUUUCUUUUAAGACUUUUCAUGAUCCAAAUUUCCUUAAUCUGUAUCUGAUGUGUGUUCAUCCAACCACCUCGAAAAAAUAUGUGUGAAGUCUGGCAUGUACGUUUGGUGUAACUUGUUUGAACCUGUUUGGGUCUGGGACAGGGAUUGAAUGUGUUCAGUUUAAGUCUCUGCGAUGACAUUUUUGUUUUCAGUUUAGUUUAGAGAUACAGCCCUUCGGCCCACCGAGUCUGUACCGACCAGCGAUCCCCGCACACUAACACUAUCCUACACACACUAGGGACAAUCUAUAUUUACACCAGGGCAAAUAACCUACAAACAUGUACGUCUUUGGAGUGUGGGAGGAAACCGAAGAACUCUUGAGAAAAUCCGCGCAGGUCACGGGGAGAACGUACAAACUCCGUACAGACAGCACCCGUAGUCGGGAUCGAACCUGGGUCUCCGGCGCUGUAAGACGUGCGUGUUGGUAGGUUAAUCGGCUCCUGUAACAUUUUUAAUUGUCCCUAGUGUGUAGGAUACUGUUAGUGUAAGCGGUGAUCGCUGGUCAGCACGGACUCAGCGGGCCGAAGGGCCUGUUUCCAAGCUGGAUAUGUAAAGUCUAAAGACUGGGGCUUUGGUGAGUUUAAACAGAGAGUGAAAACUGGGUGGGUUUGAAGGAAACUGUGAACAGAACGAUGGUAGAAUUGCUGCCUCAGAUCCAGACCCAGGUUAGAUUCCGGCCACGGGUGCUGUCUGUGCAGAGUUUUUAUGUUCUCCCUGUGCCCUCCGAGAUCUUUGGUUUCAUCUUGGUAUAAAUGUUAAAAAAAAUUGUCCCUAGUGGGUGUAGGAUAGUGUUAAUGUGCGGGUAAUAGCUGGUCGGCACGGACUCUGUUUCCGCGCUGAAUCUCUAAACUAAGCAUUACUACUGUGCCUGAUACUAAAUGUUUGGGAUUUGUGAAAGUUGUGCCUUUUAUAUAAACAUUUGAAUUGAGGAAAUGGCAUAAUUUCUUGUCUAAUAUUUUGAGAGACGGCUUAUCGUAUUUCUGGCCACUUCACACAUCAGAGAUGUGCUUUAAAUGCUCCACCUUGGCUCCUUCUAAAUUCCAUAGUCUCAAAACGCCACCCAUUCCUUCUCUCCAGAGAUGCUGCCUGUCCUGCUGAGUUACUCCAGCAUUUUGUGUGUACACACUAUGAUUUUACUCUUGGUUUUACUCACCAAACAAUCCCGGAUCUAAGGGGGGAAAGUUGGGAACUGCUGUUUUUUGUAAAUAAUCAGUUCUGUAAAGAGAAGGCAGUUUUAGAUUUUUGUAGAGUAUACACCACUAAACGUUGAUGAAACAACAACUUGUGGGUGUGUUGUGAGAGUGAUGAAUCAUAUAGAGAAGAGAUACCUCAGGUUAAUAGCAACUAGGAAUUUAUUGAUUUGUAUCAAUCACACUACUCACCUGUGCUUGAGUGGUACCUUAUCUGUAAUCUUGAUUAAAGAAUGUGUCUGUGCCAAAUGGUGAUGGCUCACAUUGGUUGAAAUAAAAGUUUCUUUUUACUGAU